UAUUUAAAUAAGGGCAUACAGACAUCAUUUAAUCUCCACUUUAAAAUCAUACAUUUACUGCUCACUUUUAUUUCCAUAAUAAAUUUUGAUGAUGAAACUGUUUAUAUAAACUAAUAAUACAACAUUCAAAACACUGCAGAGCCUCCAAUCAUACAGCAUUAUAAUGAGAUAAUGUGGACUGUUUCCCUCAUCAGUGAGGCAAAGGGAUUUAGAAUGCUGCUGCUAUCAAAAAGUCUAUGCUUAGAUUUUAGUAUAUGCAAGCUUUUUAAAAAAUGGAUGAAAACAAAAGAUUAUCUUAGGUUUCUACAAAGGUUCUAUGGCUCAUAUCUCAAAAAUCUUCUGGUAGAUAAUGGGAAUUCUUUCAGGAAGUUAAUAAACUCUGAUCUGAAUGGUGAAUUAAAUAUCAAAAACAAUUGUUUCUUUUUUCCUGAUUAGUUAAGUUCUGGAUGCUUCUGUUUUUGUAAUUGGUUUUAUUUGACAUUCUGUAAGUUUAACUUCUGUCAUAUUUCACCCUAACUCUGAGACUUCAUAUUUACAAGGUUUUUAUUUCAGUAUCAUUUUAUAGUUUGUCACAACAGAAAAUGACCAUGAGCUCUCCAAUAACACUUAUAGGAUAACACUUGUGCUUGAAGAAAAAAAGACAAACUUUAUAUAUAGUUUCCAGUUGUCAAUUUGCCUCAGGAUGACCUCAGAAACAGAUGAUUAUGAGUUCACGAUUGAAUCAAAAAUUUAAUGUUAAUAAAUUCUGGCCUCUUACCCUGUUGCUUUAGCCUCACUGUUUUUUUAAAACCCAUUAUCUUUAAAACCUUCUUAAAAGCUGAAUAUCUGACCGGGUUUCUGACAUCAUCCUUUCUCAACAUCUCCUUUAGUCCAAAAUUAAUUUUGACAAAUAUUUGUAAACUGGUUUUGAACGUUCUCCUACAUUAAUGUGCGAGAUCAAUACAAGAUCCUAUAAAUACAAUGCCUCAAUACUGAGACCAGUACAACAUUGCUGAAUCAAUGUUAAACAGACGCUAUAUGAAUUAGAUAUGUACAGACAAUAUUCCGAACAGGGCAGGGCAGAAUUUGUGACCUACACUGCCCAAAUGAACAUCAACAAUUAAAUAGGUUUAUUGUUUAUUCAACUCUUCCACAACUAUUGUUGCCCUGCUUUAUGUUGGUAACAUGUUGUCUUUGUAUUACUCAAAGCACUUUAAUUCAUUUAUUGCUCGAUGUUCUGGGAGAUUUAUGACCGGAAGCAAAAAUAUGCCAAAUGAAAGCAUGUUUUUACUUGGCCUCAGACUACUUCUCUUAAAGACUGAGACAUAAAAACAUGAGCACACAUACCAUCACUGUAUUCCUUCACAGCCAAUAACAAUGAAGUAUUUGUAAAGGUGUAGGCAAGAACAACAGAGUUAAAAUAAAAUCAGAUUUUCUCCAUCAAAAUAAGGCAGCAAUCCAGUCAUGCUCCUACUGCACUCAUUCAUCUACUCUAUACUGUUUCAAUGAUUUAUUUAUAUCAUAAAUAUAUUACAAGUAUUUUGUAUAAUUAAUAAUAAGGAACAAAAUUUCAUUUAACUUGCCAGUAACUAAGGUUCUAAAUUCUAUGGGAGGCAUCCCUCAAUGUAUUGUGGAAAGUAUGAGAAGAUAAUCUAACAUUAGUCAGUGGUACACCAAAAUAAACCGUUGCUAGCCUGAGUAUUUUCCCUGCCUGCAAAGUACAUAACCACAAAGACUACGAUUGCAUGAUUUAAUUAUAUAAAGGCUUGCCACAAUUCAUUAAAUCUUCUUGGAAAUAUCAUGUAAUCAAUCAAGCAAAGGUUGUCAGACAUAGACAAGUAAUUACUGUAGGGGAAAAGGAAGAAAUAUCUUGCAUGUUCCUCACACUUAUAUUGUUACAUUUAUAAAUGGUAUUGAUAGAGUCAAGGCCCAUUCAUUAUAUGCAUCAAUAUAAGUAUAGAACACCUUUAAAUAUUCCAAAUAUAUGAUCAAAUAAAUUUUUAAAAGGUAUAAGAAAGUGAAAUUAGAAAAUAUGACCAAAAACUGGAAGAAAGAAAAAAAAUUUCGAAGAAUUUCAUAGGUACAGAGAUGGAAAAUGGAAAGAGGGAAUACCAAAAAGCAUGACUUGAGUAUAUAUAGGUUCUGCUAACACCAAACUGACAAAGAACAGAGUUGCAGAGACAGCUGGUUUCAGAGGAUUUACUAAGCAUGGAAUAAAGAGAUAGAAGAACCUGUAAGUGUAGAGGGAGGAUAUAAAUGUUGUCUUAAAUUAGAGGCAAAGAGGUAAUCUGAACAGAUAACUAAAAUUGAGAAUUGUGUAGGGCAGGGAAAGUGCACGAACAAAAUACAUGCAGCUUUAUUUUUAAGUGGAGCUUGUCCACAGGAAAUCAGGAGACAAGUGCUGGAGUUGGGGGUCAGCAAAAAAAUAUAUAUACAUAGCAAUAUACAGAAAACUCAGCAGGUCAGGCAGCUUCUAUGGAAAUGAGUUGAUAUUUCCAGUGGAGAUGCGUCAUCAUGACUGGAAAGGAAGGGGGAAGCAUUAGUCAGUGGUACACCGAAGAGCGGACAAAAAGUUCUAUUCAAAAGGUUCAAAGAAACAUCUAAACAAGCCUGAUACAUCUUGGAAACAAGUCCUGUGAACUGAUGAAGUUGAAAUAGAACUUUUUGGCCUCAAUGAACAAAGGUAUGUUUGGAGAAAAAAGGGUGCAGAAUUUCAUGAAAAGAACCCCUCUCCAACUGUUAAGCACGGGGGUGGAUCAAUCAUGCUUUGGGCUUGUGUUGCAGCCAGUGGCAUGGGGAACAUUUACUGGUAGAGCGAAGAAUGAAUUCAAUUAAAUACCAGCAAAUUCUGGAAGCAAACAUCACACCGUCUGUAAAAAAGCAGAAGAUUAAAAGAGGACGGCUUCUACAACAGGAUAAUGAUCCUAAACACACCUCAAAAUCCACAAUGGACUACCUCAAGAGGCGCAAGCUGAAGGUUUUGCCAUGGCCCUCACAGUUCCCCCGACCUAAACAUCAUCGAGAAUCUCUGGAUAGACCUCAAAAGAGCAGUGCAUGCAAGACGGCCCAAGAAUCGCACAGAACUUUUGCAAGGAAGAAUGGACGAAAAUUCCCCAAACAAAAAUUGAAAGACUCUUAGCUGGUAACAAAAAGCGUUUACAAGUUGUGAUACUUGCCAAAGGGGGUGCUACUAAGUACUGCCAUGCAGGGUGCCCAAACUUUUGCUUCGGGCCCUUUUCCUUUUUUGUUAUUUUGAAACUGUAAAAGAUGGAAAUACAAAGUUUUCUUGCUUAAAAUAUUAAAAAUGUGUCAUCUUUAACGUUAUGCCUUUUGGAAAUCAGUUCAUCUUUUACUCGCUUAGCUAUUCACAGUCACACAAAUUUUGACCAGGAGUGCCCAAACUUUUGCAUGCCACUGUAUGUAUGUAAUGUCCAGGUUGAGGUUUCUACUGCUUUGCUGUGAGGCAUUUUAUUUUAGCAGUUUUUGGUAAAAGCAGUGUGUCCUGCUGGUAAGAGUGUUUUGGCUACAGCUAAAGAUAAGGAGCCAUGUUGUCCAACUUAGGAAUGCUGUGUUAGCCAAUCAGGAGUGAGAUAGCAUACAACAUUCUUAAGAGCCGGGCGGGAAGAAUUUUCUGAUGGACAGUAACCUGGUUUAUGUUCUUUUGGCGCGAGGUGCAGUGAGAAGAGCACCAGGGAGACACCUGGAGGAUCCCAUCUGAAGGGGAGACCCUAUUGCAAGGAGUGCUUCAUGAGGCAGAGGAUUCCAAAAAGGGAACUUCUACCUGUGGUUGGUAGCCACAAAGCAAGAAACCCAUAAGAACCCAAUUAAAGAAAAAAAAUAGAAGACCAAUACCCAAUGAGCAAGAGAAAGCCAAGUGGGGAAGUGAAUGAGGGCUACUUGUCCAACUGGCCUGGGCAUAUAGGUGGAGAGAUUGUUCAACAUAAACAAAAACUUCACCCAUCAAAAAUCAACAAACAGCAUGGGUAUGGUCCUGCAUAUGCAAGCAAUACUCUAAAACCUCGAUUCUUGGAAAAGUUGGAAGACCACUUGAGAAAAGAGCUCCAAGUCUUGGAUCCAAAUGCGCCCAAUGCUCAAGAAGUUAAUCUACAAGCUUACCGUGAAGUGUUUGAAUAUUUCAUUGAAGAUUUAAAAACCUACAAGCCAUUGCUAUCUGCCAUCAAGAAUGAAUAUGAAAUUGCCCUGGCUCAGCAGCGAAAUCGAAUCCGUGAGUUGGAGCCAUUACAAAACAUGCUUGUAACCACAACCGAGAACUGUGAACAGAGGAUUCUUGCCCUGUGUGAAAAAGAAAAAUUUGAGAUCCAAUCACUGAGGCGUGAAAGAACACAGCUACUUGAAAAAAUUGAUAAUUUAAUGGAAGUGCAGGAUUCCCUAAAGACCCAGGUUCAUAAGCUUCAGGAAGAUCUGGCAGCCGAGUAUGAAAGAUAUCGAGAACAAAAUGAUGCACGCAAACUUCUGAUUUCUGAUCUGAAUAAUCUGCGCAGUCAACAAGAAGCAUCAGAUGAUUCUCACACAAAAGAAGCUGAUGCAGCUGAAGAUAGUGUAAAACUAAAGUUGGCAUUGAAAGUAGCCCGUGAAGACCUCAAGGCAUUGCAAGUGACACUAAAUGCAAUGAAGGCAGAGUAUGGAGAUGUGAUUCCAAGGAGGGAUUUUGAAUCUUUAGAAAAAAUCUAUCAUGAAUUAACCGAGAAGUAUGAAAAUCUACAGAAGCAUUUUGCUCAGCUGAAACUGGAACACAGUACUCUGUUGGAAGUUAACAAGCAAAUCAUUCUUCAGCGAGACCAACUGAGUGCAGAAGUUGAACUACUGAAAACUAAAAUGGCAGACCCUCAGAUGGCAGAUGAUCUAAAUAAAACAAAGGAAGAAUACUUUGAAGGAUUGGGUACUGGAGAAGAUGUUAUUCUGUUUUUGCGUCUUGACGGUCUCGUACAGAACAUGAAUUUGAGCAAGGAGAAUAUAACCAGUGUGCUAAAAGAAAUCUGGAAGGAAAAGAUUGCAGAUGACCUUCAGAGUGGGACAAGUUCCAAUCUUCCUGAAUUUUUCCAUAACUUUCUCCAGAAGAAAUAUGGAGACUCUGCCACACUCUGGGCUUACAACAUUUACUAUGGCUGCAGAAACCAUCUGACAGAUGAGUUCAUCAAUCUGUUUUUCUGUAUUAUCAAUGGAAUUGUUGAUGAAAGUGUAUACCAUGGGCAGAUGCAACUUAUUACAUACCUGUGGACUGAACUGACAAAUCGAGACACUGCCGGAAAAGGCAUCCUUUCCAAACGGGAGUUCAGUCAAACCUUGAAGUCAGCCUUUCCAAAUAAGAGUGAAAAAUACAUCAAUGAACUUAUCACUGCUGCAACAACCCGGCUUGGAGACACUAAGAAAAUUAAUUACACAGCUUUAUUUAAAGAGAAUGAAGAUGAUACAGCAAGUGUGUUUAUUACAUUGCUACAAAGCCAGUACUCAGCAGAGAAAAUUAAAUACCUUGAUGAAUUAAGGAAUACAUUGGAAGAUAAAGAGGAACUGACUGUAGAUGACCUGAAAAAGGCUUUUCAAAAAAUUGACCCAUCUAUUGACCCACAAACGCUUGCUACAUACCUAGUUAAAGGUUUCCAAACUACAAGAGAACAGCUUGAUCAAGCUUCAGCAGUAGACACUGACACUGUUUUAGACCGACUACACGCAAAUGAUGUGAAGAGGAUUGGGCCACAGAAGUAGCAGAGAUAUAUUUCAAUCUAUUUUAUUUAAUGAAUGAAGUAUUACCUAAAGCUAAUGUUUUAAAAAUAUUGUGCACUUGAUUUUAGCUGUUGGAAUAGUGUUAGAGACCAAGCGGAAUGGCACUAUUCUUGGAUAUGUAUUUACAUAACUUUCAUUGUUUGCUUCAAUAAAAUGAAUAUCAUCUAUCUGAAGGCAGUAUUUGUGACAACUUAACCAUGAAAAAUACAAAAAGCUACAUGUUGAAGGUACAAUAAAUGUUUGAUUAUGGAUGUGAACUAUUACAGUAAUUCCUUUUUAAAAAUACAUGAUCACAACUUCUGACUUGGAGAAAAACUGCACAAAAACAGACCCUUCAGACAUUCAAGUAUGUACUGACCAUCAAGCACUUUUUUUAAAAAACAUUAAUCCUACUCCAACCCAUUUUAUUCUCCCUACAUUAUCAACAGUAUCCAGAACCUAAUGAUACCUAUCCCAGAUUUUUAAAUGUGGCAAGAGAGGAUGGCUGGGGCCUUGACAGAGAGUUUUGUAUCCUCUUUGGCCAUAGGUGAGGACCCAGAGGACUGAA